CAAAAUAAAGCACUGGAAAGAAAAAUCAUAAACAAGUUUAUGUAGCUUGAUGUGUUCUUGUAGCGGAUUUAUGUAAUAUAUGUCUGUUCACCUGUUGUAUAUUUUCUCAUUACCUGUGAUCUGGACAAUAUUUUAAGUAUCCUGGCCUGCGCUUGAAUAUGACUGAUGUUAGAUUUGAGGGACUACUUCAGAAACCGGGGAGAAUACCGGGACGGAAAACAAAGGUCUGGGGCGUUUUGGAUGGAAAAGAACUAUUUUUCUACAGGGAAAAUAAGAGGUCAUCUUGCAUCGGUUCGCUGGAUUUGUCACUCGUGAGGAAAAUAGAGAAAGUGGUUCCCACAGGUAGCGAAUUUCUCAUCGACUAUGAUGGCCGAUAUGCCCUUUAUACUGCUGAGAACAGUGUGAAGUGUGAUGAAUGGAUAACAUACAUUACACAAGUUAUCCAGUCCUCAAGCAAAAGUAACCUACCUCCUAUUGCUGGCCAAGCCAAUGCAACAGAAACUUUCAAGGACAAAAAGACAGACGACACUACAGCAUCAAUCAAAUCCAGAACUGAGACCCUGCAACCUUCUGAAAACAACUCUGGAAGGCAAAUAACAGUUAACAAACCAUUCCCUGUUCAGAGAGAAGUUCAAAACAAACCUAGAGUGAGUGAUAAACCACAAAAACGACCAUUUUCUUACAAAAAGGAAGACAUUGACAGAUCUUCUGACAAACUGGUAAAUGUUAAGUGUGUAGAGACAGUUCAGAAAAAUGUACCUGCAAAGGAUGUCAAUUUCACAAAGCUAAAUUCUCCUUUGAAGGAAGCAGGCAAAGAAAGUGUGGAUCAAACCCCAAAGAAUUGUGUAACGAAAGUUUGCAAAGAAAAUGUCGCAAAGGAAGUCUUUCGUUCAAAUUUAAAUGUUAAAACUGAAGCAAAGUGUGAUAGUAGGAAGCCUGAAAUAGCAAAGUCCCUGAAGAAUUCUAUAACGGAAAACAUUAACACAAGGAAAACCGAUAUAAAACCGAAUUUAGGAAAUAGAACAAGUUCUUCCCUUCCCCAAACUGAAGAAGAAGAUACUAAUAAUAGGCCAGAUUCUGGGUAUGAAACAUUAGCCGGCAGUGACAAUAGAAAGAGUGUUAUCACAGAAGGGUAUGGAGAAGUCGAUAUUUCUUCAGUGGUUCUGAGAAAAAGCAGAAGAUCAAUACUAAGCAGCACCAUGAACAAUCCAGAAUUGGAGCUUCCAAAUAUGGAGUCAGGGUCAAUUUUAAGGGGACCAAAAGAAACAAAUUGCAAGGUUUCAGACAAAGAUUCUUCUUGUGCAAAUACUCUUGAAGAAAAGUGUAUGAAAAAAGAAAAGUCUCUGCUCAGCAAUGGUGAUAUUCACAAAGACAAAACUUCAGAGUUGGAUGAUGUUUAUGAAAAUGUAAAUACUGCAAGGGUUGAGAUAAAAGAAGAGAACAAUUCUGAGGAAACUGAAGAAGAAGAAGAAGAAGGAGAUUAUGUUGUACCUAGGCGUAGGAAUAUUGUUAGCAAAAGAAGCACAAUGGUUGAUGUUCAUGUCCCUCAAGUUGUCAUUGAAGCUGAUGAAGACGAUGAAAAUGAUGACUAUACACAACCAUCAUCAGAAGGUGGUUUGUUAACAGAGGAACAAGAAGACUUGUUAAUAAAUCUAACAUUUGAACCAAUUGAAGACCUUCCCUUUAAAUCGAACAAUUUACAACAUGAUAAGUUAGAUUUCUCAGAGAUCCAAGGUUUUGUAAAAGGUAGCAAAUUUCAAAGCAGGAGUUUGGUUUCUUCAGGCAAAAACCCAGUAGAGAGUUUACGCCAACUCCUUGACAAAUUGUAGGCUUUCAACCCUGAAUUC